AAGGUGGCUGCUUGUUUUCUUCCAGAUUCUCGUGGCAGCCUCGCCGAGAUGCGAUCGCAGCAAAUGGCCAGGGGCUGUUGUUUGGGGAUUUUUUCCCUUGUUUUCAGAGACCAAAGAUUCUCCUGGACCAUUUAAAAAGACAAAACCCAGAAAACUAACGCGGUUGGACACCAUCUGCUCCCUCCCUUCAGCCGGUUAUCAAUUCCCCCUGCCCCAGCCCAGGACAGAUGGCGCCCAUCCCCUCCCAGGCUUCCCGAGGGACGGGACGCCCCGCUCCCGCGUGCAAGGGACGAGAAACGGGGGUGUCGCGAACCGGGGCGGUGCGGGAGGAGGCUGCGGGGGUGAUGCGCGCCUCGCAGGGCCGCUCUCCCGGAGCAGGGGACGCGGGCGGGCGCGGCUGGGUCCUCCAGCCCUCCAGAAGGAGCUGCUCGUGCCCGGAGCGGCGCCGGGCGGCCGUCCGCCGGGGGAAGAUGGAGGCGGGCGGCCGGGAGCGGUGAGAGCCGCGGGGCGAGAUGCUCGCCCCGUUCGGAGCUCCCCAGCCAUGUUCAACCAGCAGCAGUUCCAGCAGCAGCUGCUGCAGCUCCAGCACCUCCUCCAGCAGCAGCAGCACCACCACCCCCCGGCGCAGCAGGGAGGCCGUGGUUUGCCGCCGCCGCCACCACCACAACAGCAACAGAUGCUGAGCUUACGGGCAACAAAUCAACCAUCCCUACUCAAUGCCAAUCCUAUGCUUCAGCGGGCCUUACUCAUGCAACAGAUGCAAGGAAACCUGCGUGGAUUUAACAUGACAGCCCCAGCACUGCAGCAGUUUUUCCCUCAGGCUACGAGGCAUUCCCUCCUAGGGCCACCACCUGUUGGGGUCUCAUUAAAGCCAACUCGUCUGGGCUUCCCCAACCUUCCCUUCCAGCGGCAGAACCGGAUGUUUCGCAAGGACUUCCAGAGGGUCCCUGACAGGAAGCGGGAGCUAGAUGCUGGUUCUUCAUCUCACAUGCAUGGUGAUGAGAAAAUAGAAUUUAGAGGGGAACUGCGAGCAGGGUCAGAGCAGAACAACUCCCUGUCCACAGAACCAAGAACUCCGGCAGAAUCUAUGUUGAACACUGAGCCUGCAGCAAAAAGACUGAAGAGUGUGACUGAAGAGUCUGCAUUAGAGAAUGCAGCAGGCAGCAAGGAAGAGUUGAGCACCCAUGUCCAAGCUGAUGGUACAAAUAAUGUAAAGCAGUACGCAGCUGAAAGUCUCUCUAAAGAGAGGAAAUUCUCUGAGGAACCAAAGGCUCCUGAGGUGUUGAGCUCUGGAGGUUCACUGAAAGUGACUAUCCAGCAGAGCAGCGAGAGCAGAGCUAUCAGUACAACAGCUCUGAAACCAGGGCAGUGGACGUGCGAGAUGGGCACAGCUGAUUCCAACCCUGAAUCAGCCCUUAAAUUCUACUGUUACAUCUGCAAGACCAACUGCUGCAAUCAGCAGAAUUUCCAAACCCACAUGGCUGGGAUUCAGCACCAGCAGCGACUUGGGGAGAUUCAGCACAUGAGUAAUGUUUGUUUUGUUUCACUACUACCUAUGGUGAAGGAGCAGAAGUUGCUGGCGGAGAAAGAUGGAGAGACCCAGCAGCGGUGGUGUAACACGUGUCAGAUACACUUCACAGGGGAUCUGAUCAAACAUCGCAGGACCCAAGAACACAAGCUGGCCAAACGCUCACUUCGUCCUUUCUGCACUGUCUGCAGCCGCCAUUUCAAGACCCCUCGCAAGUUUGUGGAGCAUAUGAAGUCCCCUGAGCAUAAACAGAAAGCCAAAGAGGUGAGACUGGGAGAGAAGGAAUUGGGCAGCCCAGAAGAUUCAGAGGAGUUGAUCACAGUGGAUGCUGUUGGCUGUUUUGAAGAUGAUGAAGAGGAGGAAGAGGAGGAGGAAGAAGAGGAGGGAACUGGUGAGGGGGAAGACCUUGAUGUAGUGCUGGUAGAGAAUGAGGAUUCUGCUGCCAAGCAGAGUGGGCUGAAGGAAGUGUCUUUGGAGGAUUACAAAGGAAGUGAGAAGUAUUGCCCAGAUACAGCCUAUGGCCUGGAUUUUCUGGUCCCCGUCGCAGGUUACCUCUGCAGGCUGUGUCACAAAUUCUACCAUAGCGACUCUGCUGCCCGGCUCGCACACUGCAAGUCCCUGAUGCAUUUUGAGAACUUUCAGAGAUACAAGGUAGCAAGGCAUCGUGCCACAGCUGCCUAUCCGGAGGCUGCCUUGCAUUCCCAGGGCUCCAGCUCCCAAUUGCUAGAUGAUCAGAAACAGCCUCCUGCUACAACAGAAGAUACCAGCAAGAAGAUGAAUGCCAAUCAUGGGAUAGACAAGGAGGGUACAGAGCUGUCAGCACUGCAAGAACAAGCUUUGAGGUCUCCAGAGGGUAAGGGCAAGCUGGCCACCUCUGUAGCAGAAAGCAAAAGCCUAGCCAGCAUGACUGAUGUGUGUGGAAUCAUGGUUGUAGAAGAAAGCCUACAGGAGAGUGAAUCCACUGCCACUUGCCCGCUCCCCGAAGAGAGCAGCGCCGCAGGGGAGUUGCUGGGACAUGCUGUGUGUGAGGAGGAGGAAGCCAAUGCAGCCAGGCAAGGGGAAGGCACAGACCACUGCCAGGAUCCAGGGAGCGGAGGGGGGUUGGGACAGAAGGAAGCAUCAAACAUAAGCCAGGAGGCAGCAGCAGAGCCCUCCUCCCUAGCCAAAGGUGAGACUGCCAGUCUUACCUCUGCUGGGUGCAGACGCUCUUCCAGGCGCAAACCCAGAUAGAGUGGCCUUAAAGGGAGAGCCCUUUACACACCAUAUUUGCUGGAAAUGUUUAUUUUCGGAGUCUUUUAAUAGAGCAAAAACCUUCAACUUUACUGCUGUUUUUAUUUUAAGAAUAAAAUAAGCCUGGCUUUAGCGUGUCUAAUAUGGGAUGGUGUUGAUUAUUACUUGUAUAGUUUGGAUACUGAAAUCAUGCUUUGAUUGUUGAACUUGAAAGAAGAAUGUAAUGUGAUUAUUUUUCUUUUUCAUAGGGGAUAUGGUUCAUGAAGUAGAUGGAUGCAGACAUUUUUUCUCAUUUUCUUCCACUAAGAAUACCACGUAGUUCCCCUCUGCUUCCUUCUAAGGCAGAAAAGUUUAUUUCUUGGGAGACUGUGCCCAAUUCUGCUCUUCAGAAUGGUUUUCUUUCAAAGAUGCACACUCUCGGACCACCACUGUGUCCUAAGCUAGGCAGAAUGUGCAUCUUGAUCAUUUGUUAAUACUAUAAGGCUUAAUACAGUCUGUUCUCAUAGUGGAUACUCUCAGGAACAAAUUUUGUUUCAAAUGAUUUUAAUAAAACAGAUUUCUUAUAACUUCUUCAACUUUCAAAAAAACUCCUUUAACUCUACAGAAGUAGAAUAGUUCAGACUUGCCUCACAGUGGUGGCACCAGGCCAUCCUGACAAGUUCACAAAGUUUCAAACCAGAAUACUCAUGAUUGCUCCUGUUAAAAUAUACAGGGAGGGCUCUGCUCUCAUCCCAUGGCAGGCAGAGCACCAUACCACCAGUUCAGUGGGGCAAACCAGGCUGCUCUGCCUCUCUAAGCCUGAGUCCUUAAUGGCAGCUCAAGGAGUUAGGCAGCUUCUGAUUCUAAGUCAAAAUCAUCACCUUGGUAGCUCAUCUUAUCUGCCUGGAAGGGAACAGGAAACUCCAGUGAUUUGGGACUACCUGUCAGUACUUACAGUGAAUGUGAAUAAUGGGGAAGCUGUAGUUUCAAGUCAGCAGAUCAUCUAUGGCCCCCCUCCUCCAAGUCUGUACCAGAGCUGCCAGAGAAAGCCCGGAGUCAGGACAACCCCUGCCUAGUGUGCUUUGUGAGGGAAGGGGCUAGAGCUAUAGCAUUCCUCAGCUGGAGUCAGCAGUACAAAACACCAUGAUCAUUUUUCUACUUUGUGAAGAGAGCUUCCUUGCAAACAACCUGCACAGCCUCAGGCUUUCUGCAGCCAGCUUCAACCACGUUACAUGGCCAUGCUUGCGUUAAUGCUGGAAGCAAAAAGAGCCAAGUCUCCUACACCCAUUUGUGUGCACCCAUCACACAGCUAAGGAAAACAGAACAUGGAGGUGAAUGGCUGGGCACUACCACAGGAAGGAUUACGUAAUGGGCAGAAGGUAACUCUUCAAUUUUUGAUAAAC